AUGUUUUGGUCAAUUAUUGUACAACCUAAGAAAACAACUUCAAUUGAUACUAACCAAAUGAUUCAUUUAACCAAUGUUUGUAUUUUUAUAAAAGGAAAAAUUGAAAACUCAACAAGAACAAAUGUAUUUGUUAAUUCAAAUAACAAUAAAGUUUUAAUAGCUACACUUAUUCCUGGAGAAGUUGAACAACUUAAAUUGGAUAUUGUUUUUAGUCAAGGAGAAAUUAUUUCUAUUUCAAAUGAAGGAAAUUAUCCACUUCAUUUAUCAGGUUAUAUUGUUGUUGAUAUGACAGAAGCAACAGCAGCUGGUAUUGCUGAAAUGGAAAUUUCAAAUGAAGAUGAUGACAAUGGAAUUGAAGUUGGUCUUGGAGAAUCUAAUGAAGGAGAAGAAGAAACUAAUUUAGAUCUUCAUGCAAUUAAAAAUCUUAAUCCAAUUAAUUCACCAACAAUUACAGUCUCAAAUUGGCUUGAAACUGAAUUAGAAGAUAAUGAUGCAGAAGAAUUAGAAUAUCAUCCUAAUGACCCUAUUGAUUAUGCACAAAAGGUAGAAGAAGAAAGUGGUGAUAAAGAAAAUAUUGAAAAUAACAAAAAACAAGAAAUAUUAGAUGAAAAGAAGAUAGAAGAAAAACAAGAAAUAAUCAAAGAAGAGGAUGAUGGACUACCUAAAAUGGAAUUUGUUGAAAAAAGUAGUACUAGUCUUUCAGAACAAAUUAAAAAAAUGAAAAAACCUAAAAAAUUAAUGGAGAGUAAACCAAAGAAAAGAUUAUCUAAAAAGAGAAAAGGAGGAAACAAGAAGUAG